UAACGAUAACAUUUCGCUAAAAACCCUGAAAUGCCAAAAUCGUGUUCGCUACAACGAUACGUAUACGCUUUUACCAAGUUUCCUUACGUUUGUUAUGUUUAACACAAAGAAUUGGCGCUACGGUACAUUGGCUGAGUUCGCAUCAUCAGAUUUCUCCGCUCUCCCGUCGUUCGCACUCUACAUUAAUCCUUUCUGACAAACACAUCACGCCCAGCGACCGCUGCACUAAACGAAGAACGCUCAAGGCACACACGUGAUUAUGGAGUGGGAUGCCGAUAAUUUUGAACCCCCCAAGCCAAUCAUUCCAAUCGUUGACAUCGUUGGUGGUGCUAAACUCAACAAAUGGGAAGGCGAAGAUGAAGAAGAAAAUAUUAAGGAUAGCUGGGAUGCAGAAGAAGAAGAAAUUAAAAAACCUGAGAUAAAAGUCCCAGAAAAAAAAACCAAAUCAAAAUUGGAACAAAAAAUAGCUGAAAGAGAGCGAAAACAAAAAAUAGAAAAUGAAAAAAUGAGGCGUAAAUUUUUGGAAGCUGAAGAAAAUUCAGACAUGACACCCGAAGAAAAAAAGCUGUUACAACAGAAACUUCAAGAAGAAGCUGAUUUAGAAGUAGCAAAAGAGAUGUUAGGUGUUGAUGAAGGGGAUGAAGACUCAAUAGAUAUGAUGCAACCAAAAUCGAAAGAAGAUUUCAUAGUUUUUGAACAAGCUCUUCAGAAAAAAAUUCAAAGUUUUUCUAAAUCCGAACAUUAUUCUGAUUUUAUUGAAGAAUUUAUUAGGAAUUUAUCAGUUUCCUUAUCAAUCUCUGACCUAAGGAAAUUAAAAGCAACUAUAGAUAAUAUGAGUAUAGAAAAAAUGAAAGCAGAAAAGGGAGAUAAAAAUAAAAAAAGUAAAGGCAAAGGAAAAGCUAAGUUGCGACUAGAUAACUGUGCUAUUCCGGACUACAAUGAAUUUUCGGCCUAUACAAUGGAUGAUUUUGAUGAGUUCAUGUAGUGAAGUCAUUCAUUCAAGCCAUAGACAACUGUGCUAUGUAUAAUAAAAUAUAUAGUGUGGAUGGAGUUGAAUUAUAAAUAUUUUUUUUAAUCUAUUUUGUUUAUCUUUAUCUCAUUGAAAUAUACAAUCUUGUGUUGAAAAAACUCUAAA